AUGUUUAAUCGCGGCUCCGUGUUUUCCGGGGCAGGAGGCGGCGCCAGCAGCGGCGGCGGGACCGGCGGGGGAAACAGCGGCGGAACCGGCGGCGGGUUUGCGGGAUUCGCGGGCUUCAAUGCGAUCGCGCGGAGCAACACGGCGCCGUCGCAGUUUCUGGAACACGCCGGCCUGCCGUGGUCGCCGGCGCACUCUCCCCCCAUGGCGCAAUCCCCCUCCGCCACUCCCCCCUUGUCCCAAUCCCCCUCCGCCACUCCUCCCACGCAAUCCCCCUCCGCCACUCCGCCGGGCCGCUCUCCGCGUCAGCCGCCGCAAAUCAUCUCUUCUCUCUCUUCCUCGGGAGCACCUCCUCCUAAAAGCGAGCAUCCGUUUUCCGCGGCGUAUUUCCCGAGAUCCCCGUCGCUGCCGUCCCCAACCUCCCUGCCGUCCCCCCGGUCCCUGGACGUGGUUCACGAGGAGGACGCAUCUCUGCACGCCGCUGCUCUUGCCGAACCGAAUAACACAGGUUCGGCAGCAGGCUCGGCGGCAUCAGGUUCGAUAGCAUCAGGUUCGGCAGCAGCAGGUUCGGCUGCGACAUCAGCGCCGUCGGAUCGGGAUCUCCCUGGUGCGACGGGAGGGGAGGAAGCAGAGAGCCGCGAUCUCGUUCCUCUCCUCGUUGCCGACCCUAUUCUCGGCUUAACCGAAUCCCCUCCUAAAGCUGCUCCGGUAUUGGAUACAGCACCUUCCCCCGCUGACGCCCCUCCAGUCGCGUCCGCGUUAGACAGCGGUUUUCCCCGUUUGAAGCCGAUUCGCCUCAGCGCAGAGAGCCGUGACGGGGUGAAUCUGGUCGCGUCGCUGGACUUCGGGAUUGGCUCCCUGCGGGAGAGCAGAGGGGGCGGGGAGAGGGACGGCGGGGGAAGUGACUGGGGCGCAGGGGGAAGCGCAAGGGGAAGCGCAAGGGGCAGUGGGGGAAGCGCGAAGGACAGCGGGGGCAGUGCAAGAGGGAGCGCCGGAAACGAGUUGGAAUGUGUGGGGGGGUUGGGAGAGGUGGGUGUGGGUGCAGAGGUGCUUGAGUUUGCCGCGGUACCUGGUGUGGGGGGGAUGGGGGAAGCGCAAGCAUUGGCGCAAGUGGUCACAACACCGCAGCAGCAGGGGCAGCAGGGGCAGCAUUGGGCGGGGCAGCAGGGGGCGGGGCAGCAGGGGGGGGCGCACCACCAGCGGCAGGCGUCAGGGGAGCGCAGCCCCGUGGGGUCCUCCGCGCCGUCCUCCCCCCUGCCUACAAUCACAAUCGCCCCCGUGGUCGCACCACCACAGCAGCAGGGGCAGCAGGGAGUAGGGCAGCAUCAGCGGCAGGCAUCGGGGGAGCGCAGCCCCGCGGGGUCCUCUGCACCCUCCUCCGCGCCCUCCUCGCCCCUCCCUACAAUCACAAUCGGCCCCGUGGUCGUGGGCUCUCAGGUGGUGUCAGAAGAAUUCGGUAUAAGGCGCCCACAUGGUGCCGGCGCGCUGGCAGGAGGAGGCGGGUCAGGGAAUAUUGCGAGAACGCUUGAGUCGACUAGGCAUUCUCCUCGGGGAGCGUUGGCAGGAGCAGGGGGGUCAGGGAAUGUAUUGGGGGGCUUUUCUCAUGAGCUGACCCGAAGCUCUCCUCUUCAGUCGUCUCGACACUCGCCCAGGGGGGGGGUGGGAGGAAGGGGAGGGUUGGCAGGAAGCGGAGGGUCCGGGCCUGUGCUGUCUCGUUCGGGGACGGCGGACGGGUCAGCAUCGGUGGUAACCAGGUCCACGUCAGCAGCUGCUGAGUCAGACGCGGGGGAGCGCGGUCCGGGGGUGGAUUAUAGCGAGAUGCUGCUGUUAGAGGGUAGUGGGUCGGACUCUGACGCGUAUGAGGAGGAGGAGGACGUGGGGUAUGUGAGGAGACUAGUGGAGGAUGAGGAGAGGUUCUUAUUGUAUGAGCUAGACUCGGAGACUGAUGACGAGAAGGGCAGCAGCAGCAGUAAAGUCUCAGUGAGUAAAGGUAAAGGGACGAGUGCGCUGGAUGGUGGGGAGGAGAGCAGCAAGGUAUCAGUGGGUAAGAGUGCAGGGGGGAGUGCGUUGGGUGGUGGGAAGGAGAGCAGCAGCAGCAGCAAGGUAUCAGAGGGAAAGAGUGCAGGAGAGGGGAGUUCAUUGGAUGUAGACCUGUCAGUUCGGGAGGCAGAGAAGGGGAGCAGCAGCGGCACAGCAGGGAAAGGGGUGGAGAUGAGUUAUGAAGCGGUGCAGAAGAGUAGUGGGGUAGAGGAGGGGGCGGAAUCAGGGAGCGGGGCAGCAGGCGCUGCAGCAGGGGGGGCAGAGGGUGUUGUGGAGGGGGAGAAAGAGCGAGGGGGUGGGGGGGAGAGGUUGAACGGUGGGGCAGAGGUGGUGGAGGGAGGCAGUGCUGUCGAUCUCAUUGUGGAUCUGAUUGAUACGAGGACCAGUGAAGCGGGUGGCGUGGAUGGUGGUGGUGCCUCUAAGAGUGCUGAUCGGAAGGGUGGCAGGGGUGUGCUUUUACAGAAUGUGAUUGUAGGAAAUGGGGCGAGGGGGAGUGGGGGCGGGGCAGGGGGAAAUGCAGAGGAGGGGCGGAGGGAUGAUGACCAAGGGGAAGAGGGAGGGGGAGGUGGGUUUGGAGAGGACUUUGGAGGCUUUGGGGGGGGCCGAGACAGGGGAGGAGGGGACGGGGGAGGCGGGUUUGGCCACGAUGGGGAAGGGGGGGGCUUUUCGUUCCACUCGCCCUCGAGUAACGAGGGGCUUUCGCGGGGUAACUCCGGGUGGUCGGGGCUGGGGGAGGGGUUAACUCCCCCGUCCCUGGGCAGCAGCGGAGCAGCAGGCAUGGGGGAGCAGGAGCUAGAACACGAACUAGAGAGAAUGGGGAGCGUGGCUGAUAACACGCUAGAGGUUUGGAAGAAGCAGGCCAGUGGCACGUUCCCGAAGCUUGCGCAGACUGCUUCGGGGAACUGGGAUUUUGCGGCGGCAGGGAGUGUGGGGGGUGGGGGAGGGGAGGGGAGGAGUGGGGCGGGGAGUGAGGGGGGAAGUGCGCGGAGUAGUGUGGUGGGGGAUAGACGGUCGAGGCUUUCGGUGGAAUCUGUUGAAGUGGGGGAGUUGGGGGAGGUGGGGGGAUUGGGGGGUGGAGAGGUGGGAACGGGGGAGGAAGAGAAGAAGCAGGAUGAAGCGAGUUUGGGAGAAGCAGGGAGAGGAAAGGCAGUGGGGAAGGAAGGAGGGGAUGGGGCAGGGGGUGGUGAGAAGAAGGCAAAGAGUGGGGAGCACACAGCAGUAGCAGAUAACGAGGAGGGGACGGGGAAGGAGGAGGGGAAGGGGAAGGAGGAGGAGGAGUUUGAGACGUUCAAUCUGAGAGUCAUUCACAGAAAGAACAGAACGGGGUUCGAGGAGGACAAGGACUUUCCAGUCGUCCUGAAUUCAGUGAUAGCGGGUCGAUACUACGUGACAGAGUACCUGGGGGCAGCGGCGUUCAGCAAGGCCAUUCAGGCGCACGACCUGCACACGGGAAUGGACGUGUGCAUGAAGAUCAUAAAAAACAACAAGGACUUUUUCGAUCAAAGUCUUGAUGAGAUCAAGCUGUUGAAGUUUAUCAACCAGCAUGAUCCCGCAGACGAGCACUGUCUUCUUCGGAUGUAUGAUUACUUCUACCACCGGGAGCACCUCUUCAUCAUAUGCGAGCUGCUACGAGCCAACCUGUACGAGUUUCACAAGUACAACCGGGAAUCAGGAGGAGAGGUUUAUUUCACCAUGCCGCGCAUUCAGUCCAUUGCCAAGCAGAUCCUGAAAGCGCUCUCCUUCAUGCACUCGUUGGGGCUCAUACAUUGUGACCUCAAGCCCGAGAACAUCCUCAUUAAGAGCUACUCCCGCUGCCUCGUUAAAGUGAUCGACAUCGGCAGCAGCUGCUUCACGUGGGAUGCGCUGUGCUCUUACGUGCAGUCGCGCUCGUAUCGGGCACCCGAGGUCAUCCUGGGGCUUCCCUACGGACCCAAGAUUGACGUGUGGUCGCUCGGGUGUAUUCUCGCUGAGCUCUGCUCUGGACAGGUGCUGUUUCAAAAUGACUCUCUGGCAACGCUGCUGGCGCGGGUGGUGGGCAUCAUAGGGCCCAUCGACCCCUCUCUCCUGCGCAGAGCCAAGGACGCCCACAAGUACUUCACACGCCACAGAGUGCUGUAUGAGAGGAACCCGGAGACGGAUGCAUUGGAGUAUCUGAUUCCCAAGAGGACGUCUCUCAAGCACCGGCUGCCCAUGGGAGAUGAGGGGUUCCUUGAGUUUGUGGCGUUCCUGCUACAGGUGGACCCUGAUAAGAGACCAACAGCUGAUGAAGCUCUUCUACACCCGUGGAUGUCACAUGCAUAUGAUCCUAUUUCAUGA